UGAACGCGCUCAAACUUUUGGUAAAGAUGGCGGCAUCCAUGAACUUGGCAUCGUUUUGCCAACAAGUUCCGUUGUUUUUCAAACGAUGCCUUUGAGGUGUGCCUGCAUUUUUCGUUAAACAAACAGCACAAAUGACUUGGGACAUGAAUGAGAAGUUUCGUGUAGAAAUGUCUUAGCCUAAUACCUGUAAGCAUUUUCUGUUCUAAUGCUAUUUUCAGGUAUUCUAGCUGUAUUUUUUUUAGUAAUAACGUAGAUAGGAUGUAGGUCAAGAAAACGUGAUUUGGAGAAGUGCAGCGUCAUGGGCGGGUCACGUUUUUGUCAAGACACUGUUUCAGACACUGGCAAAACCAACUUCACGUCCCGUGGUAAGCUGGACCCGUCCAUCUUUCUAUGCGAUGAGGGACUUGUUAACCAUUACAAAACGCAACGCUCUGCUACCCAAGUUGACGCCUCUGGGCAGGUUCCUCCCAAAUAUUUUAACGACUUCGAUAUUCUCAAGGAUCUCGCGAGUGAUCUUUUACGACUUCAAAACGAGAGGAUGCUGCUUCUUAAGAACAAAUUAGUUGAAAUGAAUGUUGAUCCAAAUCAAAGCGCCAGCUUGCCACUGCAUGAAAAUGUCAAUGCGAAUGCUGUCACUAAAAGUGACUCCAAAGAACGAAACCAAAGCGCCAAAAAUUCACUAAAUCGACAGAAAGCUAACGAAUUCAGUCUUUCGGAGCGAACGGACGCAGAGAAUAAAGCAUCGAAACCAAGAAAGAUCUGUUGGCCGAAGCUCGAUGAAGUUAAGCCUGAUAAAGUUGUGUUUGCUUGGGACGAACCACGGAAACCAGGCUCGGCUACUCUGACAGAACUAAAACAGUUAGAGAAAUCGAUCAAGCAGCAUAGAUUGUCUGAUCAGAAUUCAAAGAAAGCUGAUGUUAGUAGAAAGGAGUUGAAGGAAGAGACUAAUGGGGAUGUCAAAGUAAAUACAGAGGUCUCCAUAGCAAGUAAAAUGAGUCCUUCUAACAACUUCACAUUGGCUCGUACCAAAACCAAUGUCUCACCAGGAAUUGACACAGAAGUCAAUGGGCCUCUGGCCCAGAACAACCCUGAGUCUCUGUCCCAACAUUCAGAUUCAGAAAAAUUAGAUUUGGCCGACAUUUCCAACAAUAAACCCAAAGAGCCCAAGCUUAAUAUAAAGGAGAAUGAAAUGUCAGAUGCCUAUCUUAUUGCACGAAGUAAAACUAUGCCCACCCUAAACCGAAUGAAGAUAUCUCCACAAAAGUUGGGAACUAAUGCUAAUGAAGGAGAAAGGUUGCGACUGGCCAAAGAAAUGGCAGAAAGAGCAACUAAGUACAAAAAAGUAUUUACAAUUCAAGGAGGAUACUCAACCAUUCGUCAAAGUCUAAGAAAAAGAGGCUGGGUCGAGAAGUUCUACAAGAUACCAUUGACAUUGAAGAAAAGUAACUCUCUUCAGAAAGAGAAGAAUAAUUCUGAUGAUGAUGACAACAACAACGAUGACAAUGAUGAUGAUGAUGCAGCAAUAGAUGAUGAUGAUGACGAUGAUGUUGAUGAUAUGGAUAAAAAGGGCAAAGUAGAUGACCAACCAAAGGUACCACCAUGGGAAGAGGAGGAUGGCAUUUAUGGAAUUAUGUCUCGCCUGGUACGCAAUGUUAAUCCAACUUUAUUCUGGGUCCUGAAGCGAGAUGCCAUUGACUAUCGCUUUCUAACAAAGGAUCAAAUGGUCAACCAUUAUUGUAAGGCUGGAUCCUUUACUACUAAGGUUGGAUUAUGUAUCAACAUGAGAAACGUUGUUUGGUUUGACAGCACUGAUCACAACACAUUUUUUCCUCGCUGUUAUCGAUUAAGUCAUGAUGAAGACAAGGAUGCUUUCGUAGAUGACUAUCGGCUGACAGCUUGUAUGUGUAUUGUGAAGGUGGCUGUAAGACAGACUUCUUCCUUUCCUGAUCACAUUUCUGAAGAUGAAGAAGAAAUCAAGAUCUCUGACCCUCCAGCUACCAAACCUGGUGAUGAUGACAAGAAAAAAGAGAAUGAGAAUACAAUAACAGAGGAAGUGGAAACUUCGCUUAACCCUACGGGAACGACAAACAAGAAACGCAAGAAAACAAGAGCUAUAAUUCCUGUGAGAGUCUUAGAGACUGCAGUUUACCAGUGUGAGAAGUUUUUAGCCUCCAAAGACCACGAGGAUAUUGACAUGCCCAUUCAGACAGGUGUGCUAACUGAGCAACAAUGGGAUGACCUAAUUCAGUGGUACUACCAGUUGGUACAUGAAGAAGGCUCAUUCAUCAAUGUUCCUGUCGAUCUAGUUAAACAAUGUGAGAGUCUCACACGGCGCUUGGCCCAACACUGCCCACAGUUUGAAAUGGAUGGAAUCAGAAAUGUGUGGAUAGUGAAACCUGGGGCUAAGUCUCGUGGCCGAGGCAUCAUAUGCUAUGAAAAGCUAGAAGACAUGCUGAAACUAGUAUCUAGUCAAGUGGUCAAAAAAGAUGGCAAAUAUGUGGUUCAAAAAUAUAUAGAGCGUCCAUUACUUAUCUACAACACAAAGUUCGACAUACGUCAGUGGUUCCUUGUUACUGACUGGAACCCGCUGACUCUUUGGUUUUAUCGUGACUCUUACCUGAGAUUCUGCUCCCAACAAUUCACUCUGGAAGACUUUGACCAGAGCAUUCAUCUUUCCAAUAACGCCAUACAGAAACACUAUAAAAAUGGGCCAAGAUCACCUCGACUCCCAGAUGAAAAUAUGUGGACUCAUUAUGAAUUUAAAGAUUACUUAAAGAGUAAGAAACAGCCUAAUGCAUGGGAUGAACUUAUUUAUCCCAGUAUGAAAAAAGCAAUCAUAUGUUCUCUCUUAGUUACUCAAGACUUAGUGGAGUACCGCAAGUCAUCAUUUGAACUGUAUGGUGCUGACUUUAUGCUGACAGAAGAUCUGUCACCUUGGCUAAUUGAAAUUAACUCAAGCCCAAGCAUGGAAUCUAGUACAGCUGUAACAGCCAAGCUGUGUGCAGCUGUUCUUGAUGACACUAUUAAAGUUGUCAUUGACCGCAAACUUGACAGGAAUUGUGACAUUGGUGCGUUUGAGUUAGCAUAUAAGCAAGCCCUUGUCACUGUCCCGCCAUAUAUUGGUAUCAACCUCUGUGUUGAGGGUCAGUCGGUCAGAAAACCUGGUACAUUCACUAAACCUCAACCCAAGCAAUCUGAUCCGAACUUAGCUGAUUCACUCUUUACACCCCGUGCUGUUACCAUGAGGCAAACAAUGGCUGACCGCACCUUGGAAGUGAAAAGGAGCACAGUGGCUGGUGAUUCCAGCCCUAUCAGAAAUGAUAAAUCCAAAAAUUUUGAAGCAGCAACAUCAAAACUUCAGCAGGCUGGAUUGUCUAAAGAAAUUCCAGCCAAGAUUAGCACCUUUAGGGCGUCAGGAGAUUUGGAAAAACUAAAAGCCAAUAAAGUGACCACUGCAAGCCCUCAGAAUACUUCCUCGGCUGAAAGUAAGUGGAACUCUGGUACCAAUAUAUCUGGAUCAACUUGGCUUCGUGCUUGUCUUUUGUGUGGUAGGGGAGGGGGCCUGCAGUUAGAUUCUGCAGACCCCAAUUGUAGGUGCCAACAGGACUCCAUCUUAGUGACCAGUCAUACAUUCAGCCAGGAGCCCCUGAUGAUCAGCUCUUUAAACUUGCAACCCAGCAAGUCCAAACCCAAUACUAGAAGUAAGCUUAAGAGCUCCACUUUAAGAAACUCUGUAACUCCAACACAGCCCCCGGCUAGUGACGAUGAAAACACGUCACAGAAUAUUAGUUUUAAGUCCUUGAGACCAAGCUCUGCUCACACAGAAGUAUCUACGACUAAUAUAAAACAACGUACCAGCCGGGGAAAAUCUACCAAGAAAAGGAAGUCUAUGUCAACAUCAGCAUCGGCCCAAACUGGAGAGCCCAUGUCUCUUUACACUCAACCUUAUAAUUUUAAACUUCAUACCAGCUUAAUUAGAGCGCAAGAGCUCUACCAAGGUCAUAGUUUCAGUUACACCAGUGGUAAUUGGCAAAAUGUUGUUUUUCACAAGCCUCAGCCAUACAUUAGCCCUCCUUCAUAUGCCAUGCCUUACUCAGUUCAUGCUGGUUUCAACACUGGUUUGCCCUUGGCAGGCUUAAGAAGUGCAGUGGGAGUGAGGUCCACCUCUUCACACCCUAUGGUCAAGAUAUGGCCUCAACUGAGUUCUCAUGAUGCAAGUCUGUUAAUGAACCCACUUGGUGCUAUGGGUCAUCGAAGGAUUCAACUGAAUGUCAAAAAUUCAAAAGGUGUGAUUCUUUAAACUAAUUAAAGAAGAAAGUUGCCAUCUUAAACUGGUGGAAUAGAAGAAAAAAAUCAUCUUAUGGUUUUUGUCAAGAAAUUCUCUUGCACUGGCCAUUUCAGCAAAGUUUUUCAUCUGCAGUUUAAUAAAACAUUACUUGUUUCUCCAAGAAAUGUUCUCUCUAACAUCAAACAAAAUAAAUGCAGGAGCUUUGAAAGGACUAAAAUCUGAGGCUGCCGAGAUUGCCUCAAGAGAAAUUCUGUCGUCACAAUUGGCACUGGUGUUAAGAAGCUCAUUUCAAUCAGAUUAUUUUUGUAUAGCCAGAUUAGCAAAUAAUUUUUUUUUUCCAUUUCAUUCUUAGUUAACAUCUAUAAAACCUGAGUGUUUAAAUGGCAAGUCAACUAACAUUACAUUAAAGCUAAUAGAAUAUCAGCAUAAGCUCAUUGCCUUGUUGGACUUUUUCUUGAAGUUUGACUUGCAUUCUGUUUGCACAAUUGUUUUUUUGUUUUCUUGACUUUGUUUCAUGAAAUAUUCUAUUAGCUAACACUGUUCAUAUAUAACAUGCACCUCUAUAGUUUAGAGCUCUUAUCUAUACUCAAGUGCACCUAGUUCAGGCUUGUCAAACUGAGAUAAGGCCACAUAGGACACAUAUAUAACUUGAGGGCUGCUCUGCAGACUUUCAGUAUUGGGUGAGACUGGCUAUGUAAGUGAUGCCAUAUGUCCUUAGGUGAUUUUGUGAUUUACUCUUCCAUAGUUAGUCAAAUACGGUACCUAUCAUAUGAUAACAUUUUAUUUUAGAACACAUAUUUAUAUUGUACUCCUUUGAUGUUUUUGCUGCUGCUUGAUACUAAAUUUAAUGUAUCUUUCAUUCAAGGCAACAAGAUAAUAAUUCCAUAUUUCCAUGAAAUUGACCCUUAAAAUUGUUCACAGCAGAAUAAGAAUUUUAAAAAACAUGAUGAAUUACAAGUACUUUAAAGGUAUCAAAAAAAAAUUGCUCUGCUCAAACAUGAAUUGAUUCUUGUGUUAAUAAAAUACAAAUGUCUCUUUUUGGGCUUCAUUGAUGCAUGCCAGAGGUGGCAUGUUUGAUAAGCUUGACCUUUAUAUGAUCUUCUAGUGAAGCACAAAGUUGGAUGAAUGGAAAUGUUUACAGUAAUGAACCCAUUUAAAAUUCUUUUUAUAUGUGCUUAAGUAAAUGAAAAUCUUAAACAUGCUUUGCUAAAUAUAUUUAACUGGUUUAAAGUUGUUGAAUUUUGUUUUUAAAUUUUUUAUUGUUUGAAUUGCUUGUUUAUGUGUGUCAGUGUGUGUUUAUGCAUUAUUUUUUCGUAGACUAUUCUUGUUUCUAAAGUUACGCAAUGAAAAUUUCAUACUAAAAAAAAAGUAUUAAUUUGGUAUGAAUUUUUUCCUCUUGAAUAAAUGUAUUGCUCAACAGCAUCUCUGUUCAAGCUCUUCCAGUUGGACUAUCAUUCAAGCUGAUUUCAUGGAAUGUACCUGCGAGUUACCUCAGCCCAUUAAUGAAAUCUAUUAAUGACAAAUCUAUUAGCUAUGUACAUAACUUGCACUCUCCACAUUGACUGUAGACUUGCUGUGUUGUCUGUUAAAUUUUUAUCUAUGCUACCCUAGCGAUAACAAAGCUAUUUAUGUUACGAAUGUGUCACUGGUGAUGAAAAUCUUGAAUGAUUGAUAGUUCUUCUCACUGAUAGUUUGAACUGUUUAAGAAUAUGACUUGUCUAAAGUCUUCCUGCAUGUGAGGCUUGGAUCAUUCUCUAAAUAAUGAACACACAAAAGUGUUUAUUAUGCUAUGUUUUUGUGUAGUGAACUUUAACCCUUUUAUGGUUAUGUGAAUUGUAUGAAUUAUAGAUAAUGUUCAUUUCUGAAUGCUCAACAAGUUUAGGGUCUGAUAAGUGUUGAACUGCUAUACUAUUAUAGUCACAAUCAGAGGACUGACAUUCAUUUGGACAAGCCUUUGAUGGAUGUACUAACUCAUUUGCACAAAUAAGAAACUGCCUGUAUGCUGUAAUAAGAUUCACAUAGAUGAGCACUGGACUGCUAUGAUCAGGUUCAUUGAACUAAUGUACCAAAAAAAUAAUUCAUAUUUCCAUUGUAUUAUGUUUCACACUUUUAUUUAUUUCAAAAACUGAAAAAUAUAAAUAGGGUAAAUUAUUUUAUAGACUUGUGUAUUUAUAGUACAAAGUAUUUUAUACAUUUGAAAUAUUUUUAUUUAGCUUAUAACCCCCCCCAAAAAAAAGUUUUGACAUUUGAUAAAUUCUUAUUCAAAAUUGAAAUGUAUAGAAUUGUACAAGUGAUGUAAUUAGAUUGUUUUUUAAACUUAAAGAUUGCUGUGAAUAAUGUAUUUAAAUUUUUUUUUAGUCAUUAUUCAAAAAUGUUUUAUUUAUUUUAAUGAUGCUACUAGCUGAUUGAUUUUUUUUUUCUACUUCCAGACAAUAUAAAAAAAAAACAUGAGCUAUAUUUACUUGUAUUUUUUUUUUUAUUCUAACUUAAAAAUUUGAAUGCGUUAAGGCAUUUUAUGACUAGCCAAUGAUAUAAUAAUCUAGUUCUAUUUAUCUAUUUUACAUGUUAGUUGCAUUUGAAAUUACAAAUAGUCCAGCAGAAUAAAGCUUGUAUAGAUUUAAAAUAAGAAUUUAUUUAACUUUGCUAUGAAGUAUAAAACUUGUUUUUUUUUACAAUUCACACACACUCAACGUUGUUCAAUAUCCUUUGUUCUGCAUUUUAUGUUUGCCGUCUAUUCUGCCUUGUAUCUUUAUUGUGUGACUUGUUGAGAAAAAACAACAACUUUAUGAUCUAUUCUAAUCUUGCAUCUAAAUAAUUUAUGUUACAUUAUACCUUCAUCUUCCAUUCACAGAGAUUUAUUUGACAAUGAAACAUGUUGUUUUCUCUUCCCCAAUGUUCUCAAUUCAUGUUUGUGUGCAAUGACAACUUUAAGCUCAUUCAUUUCUUUUCCUGAUACAUAACAACACUUUAGGUUUGCCUGCAUACAGUGUAUAAAGUAAUUGUGGGACAUCUUGUAAAAGUUCUAGAAGAACUUCAACUCCACAGCAUUAAGAAGCACUUGUUUUUAUUAAAUUAUUUGAUAUGAUUUUAAGAAAUUAGCCUUACUCACGUUUUAAGUACUAGCCAAAAGCAAUAUAAGUAUUCCAAUUACAUCUGUUGAAAAAUUAUUCUUUUAAAUAGAAUUUUUUUCGGUCACAAUUUUUGUGAUUGAAUUUGUAUAUUAAUCAAAUGUUAAUUUUUGUUUUGGGAUGAAGGGACCAAUGACACAACUUUCUAAAAAUUGUAUGUAUAUUAUUAAUGAAACAGUUUUCUCUACUACUAUUGGUUUAUAUGUAACCCUUUGAUACUCGUAACCUACCAUUGGUUAUCUUUUAACCCCUUGCCACUUGUAGUCUACCAUUGGUUAACUUAAAACUCCUUUGACAACCUAAUUCUGAUUUUGGCUGGCUUUGCAAUGUUCUUAGCCUUGACGAUGACUUCCUCUUCUUGUGCUCUAGGAGUGUCUUCUGUACCAAGUCAGUGUUUCAGUUUGUGUUGAACCAUAUCAUCUAUAUGAUAGCGUUGGUGGGAGUUUUUCACUUUUGCAUUGUUGUUUGCUAGCUCAUUUCUGUGCUAAAUGUAUACUGUUUUUUUUUUCCUCUAAGUCAAGUAAUUCAGUCCUACAGUUUUAUAUUUAAGUACCAGACUGGUAAAUUGUAUUCUAUGCUAGUGUAACUUGUAACAUCUACUCCUACUUCUCAGUGUAGACACUUUCUUUACUUUGCUACCUUCACAUCCCCUUGCCCAGUGUGGUAACUGUAGUGUAUGAAUACUUCUCUUGGUCUGCAUAGAGUAACUAAAAGUAGUGUGUUGUUUUCAUCACACUGAAAGACAAAGUUUUUAUUUUUAAGUUACCCGGUAUCUCUUUUGUCAUUCUCAUGCUUUCAGUCCUUUGGAUUUCAAAGUAUAUAGUCUAUUUCUUACUAGGAAUGCUAAAUCUGGAGAAUGAUUCAAUAGCAUCAUUUUCUAAAGAAAAAUUUUCUCCACCUCAAAAAAAAAUAAAUUUUUAUCCCUCAUUUUUAUUAAUUUUGAUGAGGAUUCUUCUUGUAUCUUGCGAGCACCCCUUAAGAGAUUUACAGCUUUAUGCAUACCUGUAUACAUCAGUUUUCUUUUGCAUACAAAUUUUUUAAAGUUUCAUAAUCAAUGCAAACAUUUAAUCUACUCAUUGUCCUUACUUAUUUAUUGCAUGCAUGUAGUCAAAUAUUUUUUUUUAUGACAUUGUUUGCCAGGGACAGGAUAUGUUAUUUUAAUAUGAUGGAAAUAGAAUUGAAUCGAAAUUUGCUUGUAAACACGUUGCCAGUGAUGAUGUCAAAGAUCAUUUAGCUAUGUUGUGAUCCCUUAUGUUUCGUUGGCCAGCAAGUCUGCCUCUUUGGCCUUCUGUCAAGCUCUGCAUUCUAUAUAUCUGUGAUAACAAAGGCUGUGCUCAGAACUUAUAUUGCUUUCAUUAUCAAAGCAUUAGUUGAUUUUGUUUUAUUAACUCUGGUUUCAUGUCAUUGUGUGUAUUACUGUUUAAUGGGGUGGCCAGCUUUUUUUUUUUGUACAAUAAAAUGUAUUUAUAAAUUUU